UCACUGUGACUGACAGUUCGUUCCUCAGUUUAUGGGUGCAUCAAACACAAAGUUUAUCUACAUUCAGCCACUCCAGUAUAUACACACAUAUAUGUAUUGAAUGCAAUCUGAUUCAUAUCCCGAGUGAUUGUUUGGAUACAGUGCGUGAUUCUUUCUAGUCCAUUCAUUUCACUCAUAUUGACGGAUUAUUCGUGGAGUACUUUUCAAAUGAAUACACGAGAGAUGAGAGAAGCAAAUUAGAAGGGUGGCGAGAUUGAGAUGACAAUUGUAUCAGGUUAAAUCGUAAGUUGUUCUCAAUGCGAAGGAGAAAAUUGGGCACGAUGGGAGCUCCGUAUGGACGUCAUAUCCAAGUGGGCAGAUAAAACAUAAAAUUGGGUGAAAUCAUCCGGACUUUAAGUAAACGCGCGAAGAAGAGCUACGGAAAAAAAUCUUUCUGAUAACUGAAGAGUGAUAUCAUUCACAAAAAUGGGAAAGUGCUGCAGUAAGAGACAGGACCCUCAACCUCUAGUCUAUAACAAAAAAACUGAGGCAGCACUCAGCUCGAAGAGUAAUGGCAACUCGAUGGAUUCACGAUAUACGGCUGAUCCAAAUCAGAGUAGAGCUCAGGCGCGGGCAGACAUCAUACGCCCGAGGCAUACACCGCGUAAGAUACCACAACCCCUUAAACCAACCUCACCCGUUCUUGCCUCCCCAAGUUUGUAUUUUUAUUUUUUUCAUACUUUUAUUUAUCCUGUUUAUCAAUGUUACAUAUUUUACAUUAAUUUUAACCGCAAAUUCAUUAUUCUCCGUGUAGUUUUCGCUUGUAUCCUAUUCUAUGUAUUUGAUAAAGUCCAUGCCAAGUUCUGGUUCUUUGAGAAUGUUUCGCGGAAGGAGGCUGGAAAAUUACUUCUCGUCGAUGAAAAUCCUCGGGGAACGUUCCUAGUGAGGCCGAGUGAGCACAAUCCUCGGGGCUAUAGCCUUUCCGUCAAGGACUGGGAAGAAGGAAGGGGACAUCAUGUGAAACACUACAAAAUAAAACCACUGGACAAUGGCGGUUUCUUCAUCGCUACUAAUCAAACCUUCCCAACCCUGCCAGCUCUCGUUAUGGCCUACAGCAAAAAUGCUCUCGGUCUAUGCCACGUACUAUCGAAACCCUGUCCAAAGCCUCAGCCAGAUAUGUGGGAUCUCGGCCCAGAGUUGAGAGACAAGUGGGAAAUAAAUCGAAGUGAAAUUCAGUUAAUUAGAAAACUCGGUCAUGGUAACUUCGGUGAAGUAUAUUAUGGAAAAUGGCGGAAUAAAAUUGAAGUGGCUGUGAAGACACUGAGACCAGGGACAAUGUCAACGGAGGCAUUCCUGCAAGAGGCAGCGAUUAUGAAGCAAUUCAGACAUCGACAUCUCGUUGCAUUGUACGCCGUAUGCUCAAAGGAAGAACCAAUUUACAUUGUCCAAGAAUACAUGUGCAAUGGGAGUUUAUUAGAUUUUCUGAGGACAGGUGAUGGGAAGUACAUGCAGUUUGAAGAUUUAAUUUACAUCGCUGCUCAAGUUGCCUCGGGCAUGGAACAUUUGGAGAGUAAGCAACUCAUUCAUCGAGAUCUUGCUGCCAGAAAUGUACUCAUAGGAGAGAAAAAUAAAGCAAAAAUUUGCGAUUUUGGCCUGGCAAGGGUCAUUGAAGACGACGAGUACUGCCCCAAGCAGGGAAGUCGAUUCCCCGUUAAAUGGACUGCCCCCGAGGCCAUAGUUUACGGCAAAUUCACCAUUAAAAGUGAUGUCUGGUCUUACGGAAUUCUCCUCAUGGAACUUUUUACUUACGGACAAGUACCUUAUCCAGGUAAAUCAUCUACAUUUAUUUCCAUACUAGAUAGGCCAGUUUGGGCCAAUAUCGACAUGUUUUCACUGUAA